UCGUAAAACAGACACAUUAUUACAAACGGUUAUGAUUGUUGAUUAAUUUCUUUGUUAACAGUAUACGCAAACAUUAUGUAGAUGGAUUAGUGGUGAUAGAACGGGUAAAAAUUGGACAAAUGAAGUAGCAGGUGAUAUUAUACAUGUUUACCGUUUUAAACAGUCUGGAUUCACAUUUUGACGUAAGAGUCAAACAAUAACAAUGUAUUCGUGAACAACACAACAAUGUAUACAUUUCUCUUAUUUUGAUUACUAAAAGUAAUACAAAAGCAUACUAGGGUGUUGGCCGUCAGCAAUGAUUACCAUUAUAUUAUGUUCAGUUAUUGGUGGAAUCAUUCUGACGUUAUUAGUCCAGACAUUAUUGUUCUAUAGCCGAUUUAGCCGAUUACCGAAGCUUGAAAAACCAACCAUAGACCAAUUUCCACCUGUCAGGUUACCAAAGGGAUUGAAGGAAAAGUUACAAGAUAAAGAAAACCUUGGAAAAAAACAAUCAUGCAUAUGGUUCAAUAUUUUAUCACAAUAUCUAUUCCAAGAACUAAGGGACACGCAGCAAGUUCGAAGGUUUUUGAUGAAGAAAAUGAACAGAGAGUUUGAGGAACUAUUACAAACAACAUCUGGUAAAUUUCUGGAUCAAAUAAUUGUUAGAGAUUUUAAUUUAGGUACAACAUUUCCUAUAGUUAAUAAUGUUACAGUUAUAAAUGUAGUACAAACAGCUGAUGAAAAAUUAGAGGAAUUAGAUUUAGGACUUGAAGUGGAUUAUAAUGGAGGUUUUCAAAUUGCUCUUGAUGUCUUUUUGGUACUAAAUAAAUCAGCUUUCUUAUCUGUAACGAUGAAAAAAUUAAAGGGCUAUGCAAGGUUACAGUUGACAAGAACACCCUAUACACAUUGGUCUUUCUCUUUCUAUGAGGAUCCUGAAGUUGAUUUUGCUGUAGAAUCUCAUUUUGAAGGUCGUCCAUUACCUCAGAUAGCUAAUCUUAUUGUUUCCCAGCUAAGACGUAGUAUAAGAAAGAAACACACAUUACCAAAUUACAAGAUGAGAUUCAAACCCUUCUUCUUUCAACCGGAACCAGAAAAACCACUACGUGAUCUCACUGUUAAUGGUCAUAAUAUUAUAACAGGAAAACUAGAAGUUACAGUUGUAGAAUGUUCCAGACUGCUGAAAACCCCUAAAGAUUCUUUUUUAUAUUGUUCUCUAUCUAUAGGAACAACUAUUUUUAUAUAGCUGUUAAAGAUCUAUUACACC